AUGAUCAGGGAAAUCCGCCCGGCAACAUGCGAGGGCCUGCCGAAAGGAAUCGCCGAAGUCCUCCACGAAACCAACGGUGUGCGAGGACGGAUUGAUGACCUCCCGGUGGACAGAGCGAUGAAGGGGCUCAGCGACAUCAUCCACAUUGUCCAAGAGAGCAAAGAGAGCCUCGAUCAAAUAUGGUCGUGGAUGAGCGACUUGAGCAGGGAAAUCCUGGAAGUCAGCAGUUUGGUCCAGGAAACGGAGUCCAAAGUCUUGGACAGGACCUUGAUUUGUGGGCCACCGAAGCCAAACGGAGAGCGAGUGAAAGUAGGAAAGGACCAGGUGCGACCAGCGCAAUUCCAAGCGGUGCAGAGCGCACCGCAGGCUGCGACUGCCGCGACCCCACAGGCCCAACCGCAGCGAGCAAAGCCGGCGCCAGCACAGCCAGAAAAGCCAGGCGCAGGCAGAUCGGCGACUGCAGCGCAGCCCGAGGAGCAGAAGCAAGCGCAGUUCGCAAGCGCACAGCCCCGGGAGGCUAGAUCCCCUGCAGUACCUGCCGUGGUGCAGGGCACACAGCCAGAGCAAGUGCGUGUGAAACAGGCGCAGCCAGAGCGACAAGAGCACCAGCAGCCGCCCGUCCAAAGCACUGCAAGCCAGGGCCAGAAACAUGCAUCAGGUGACGACGUUCCGCAACAACGGCCGCGGCAAAAGCGCGCAAAGACCGCAGCAAAGGCGUCUGCUCUAAAAGCAGCGGACGAGGGAUCUAAGCGGGAGGCACCGGAGGCACCGGACAAGACAGCUCGGCCUGCCAAAAUCCUGGCAGCAAAGACGAUGCCCCGACCAAGUGAUGCAAAGCAAGGUCCAGACAACGAAGACUCGGCCGAAGCAAUGGCAGCAGGCUAUGCUGCUUUGGCAGCUGCAUAUUUCGCAGCACAGGAGGAAGAGGAGGCUGAGGUGCAGCGACGUUCUGAACAGCCAGCCAUCGAAUCAACAGCUUCCAAAGAAGAAGCGCCAUCAUGCAAACUCUCAGAGGGGACGGAGGCAUUGAUACCGCCGUCGUCUCAGACAUACCCACCACAUUCCUCCGCCACACCGCCACCACCAGCACCGCCUCCAUCGAAGACCUCGGCUACAGCAUCCGCGAAAGCGCCCAGCUCCCUGCCAUUCCUGAGUCCUCCACCUUUGCCAGCCAUGACCACUUCCGAUUCAGUGCCAGUUUCACAGACAGCUCCGGCAAUCGAAAGCGAUCCAGUUGCACAGACGAUUCCGUCUCAACUGGGCUCGGCAGCACCGGUCACACCACCGAAGGCACCCGCAGCUGUAUCAGAACGCGCUCCCUGGAGAGCUGGGCCUCUACUGUUGCCACCUCCACCUACGCGAGUUCCAUCCUUACGGCAGGAGUUAUACACAUCCCUGAUCAAUCUGGACACGGAGCUUGGUGCUGAAGUAAUGAAUCUUCGGCCAAAAAGCUGUGCUGCUGCACCAUCGCAAGCACCUGUCACAGCAAAUGCCCAGGAUUCGAACGAUCUUGCAAGCUGGACUGUGGCAUGGGGCCUGAGCAAGUAUCAGGCUAGACUGAUCAACAACUACGAUGAUGUGGACCAGAUCUGCAGUGAGCAUCCUACGAUAAGUCUCCACCAGAACAGUUUGCAGACGUUUUUCGUCGACAACCAGAUUGACAACAAGGAGGACCAGCAGGUUUUCGAGACAGCCAUUUUGCAGCGUGGAGAUCUCGCUUCUCGGGAAGAGGUCUCCGUGACUGGUGCAGCUCACGAAAACAUGAUCUAUGCACUUGGCGGGGACACAGUUGUGCUGGAACCCAGCAGCCAUGUCGACAUCGUGUCGAGAAGCAUGCGCAGCAAAAUUGCUAUUCGCAGAAAGGACUCGGCACACAUGAUUGUGCUCCGGCGGGGUUCAAGUCUGACGCUGCAACCCGUGCAGGCAAGAACGGAGACGUACAGCCAUCUUGAGGUUCAGAUUGCUGAUGUUUCCGCGACAUGGGAAGCUGGGUCAUCAUGGGAAAUCUUGGCAGGCCCUCUAUUUUGGCGUCUGCCCAGGAACAUUGAGGAUGUUGAGUUCCAGGUUUUUUCGGUGCUGCAAUCGGAGGGCCGCGUGAGUUUCAAGGUUGUGCGCAAGGAGGGCAGGGACUGGCGCGGGCAUCCGCUUGCCCGCAUGCGAGUUAUCCGCGCAGGGUUUCUUGGGACGAAGUUCUUGCACAAGGGCACAAUGUACAUGGGCAAGAUUGUGAGCGCCAAAGCUGCGGUGGAGAUCUGCCAAGCCCACCAGCGAAUUUCUGGAGCUUUCGGACCACCCGAGACAAUCGUACGCUUCGAAGGGAGCCUGAAAACUGAUACUGGAGCACACUUGGUGCUGUUUGAAGACUUCGGGGAAAGUCUUUCAAGAAUGUUGGGCAAGAACUCCGAUUUCCUGGAUGCCAAUGAUGUUGACCAAUGUGCGCAGGAUUUGCUGGCAGCGGUUUCGGCCUUGCAUGCACAGGGCCUACACCACCUGGCCCUCUCACCGGAAAGCGUGUGGCUGCGACGUGACGGAAUGGGGCGCAUGCGGCUGAAGCUGGCAGACUUGGGGGUAUGUGAGCGGCCAUCCAAUCCGUGGCCGAAAGGCAGAUCUCGCCAACUGAGCUGGCGCACCUACAUGGCUCCGGAGCUACAAGAGUCACGGUCGACGGCGGAAGCACUUGUGGCUCGCACACUGGGCAAACGUACGAAGCCGAAGGCCUCGAAGAUUGCCGACAGCCAGGUGCUCGGGCCGCUGAAAGCCUUGGACAUUCUGCCGAGCCUGCGAAAGGAUGGCCAGACUGGGGCUCGACAAGGUGUUGCCCGGGAACAGCUUAUGGCUUUGCUGGGGGAGUUCCCCAUCUUCGCGGAGCUUGAGAUCUCAGAUCUGCGCCAACUUGCACGCGAAUUUCAGGGACCUUUCUUUGUCCCUCCGGGAUCUUCCUUGUUCGAUGUGGGGGAGAUCGGAGACUUUCUUUAUUUCGUCCUUGCCGGUGAAAUCGUUGCCCGGAGAGGCAAGAAAGAACUUCGGAGAUACCGCCGCGGUGGCUUCAUCGGAGAAACGGCUCUACUUGGACCCGCACCCACUCGCAGAAUUUUUUCGGCAUUGGCAGCGCGUGGCGGAGCAGGCUGUGGCGUUCUCCGAAUGCACCACACGUUCUUCAGGAAGGACUUGAAAACUGGAGGGCCUUUGAACAGCAUCGUCGGCCCGACCCGAUGGAGGUAUCUUGAGAAGCCAGAGGAGUCAGUUGAGCCAGCCGAUGCUGACGUCUUUGCUGCCGGCUUGCUUUGGUGUCAAAUAGCAAGCUCUCGGGUCUUAUCCAUGUACAGGCUCAAAAGGGCAAGAACCGUCGAAGCACUCCUGGAUGCAGUGGCAGCACGCGAGAUCGGGAGCUUCUAUUUUUUGCUGCAGGACUGGCGCAAUGUUGCUCUCAUUCAGCUCAUAGUCCGACGAGCUCCUGCAAAUGAGGCACUGGUCUGCUUGGAAGAGCGGGAGAAAAUUGCUUCCGAGAGCCGGAGCGAAGACCAGCCCGAGCCGCAGAACAUGUUCGGUUUUGUGGGCAAGACCUUCAGCGACUUUCAGCAAAGUGCGCGCUCGGUUUUCGAGCUCACACAAGAUUCGAUGGCUGCUUCUGGCGCCGUUCAAAUGUCAAACCGAGCCAGGGCAACUGUGUUGGAUCAGUGGGAGAAACUGACAAAUGUCGCAACAGAGAGAGCCGGCCAAGUUGCCGGGGAAUUGUUUGGCGAGCUGUAUGGAAACCUUUUCGCAAAGGAUCUGCUCUGGAUGUUCCGCAACCCAACUCGGACGCAGCGCUUCCCAGUGCUGCUGGUGCGCGAUGCCGAAGAUGGGAAUCUGCUGGCUCGCUGGCGCAUUGGGGCAUCCAUGGUCUUUGAAAGCGAGCUUUGUGCAAGGACACUGCCGCGAGUGCUGCCUUCUGUUCGUCCGGCUUUGUCCGCAGGUUUUCAGAUCGGCUCUGCUGUCGGCCGCAACAGAGCCAUCAACUUCAAACGGCUUUGGAUUGACGCUUUCUGUGGCUCUUUUCUAAAGCAGCUGAUUGCAAUGGGACGACUCAGAAUGAAACGUGUCCUAAGCGUUCGAGUUCGAUGGGACCGGCUUGGCAGCGUUCUGAAGGAGUCCGUGGUGAAAGGCCAAACUGCGAGAAACCUGGUGCUCACCAGAUUCGGCCGACUGCCCACGAAGUACGAUCAGAACGACCCGAAGGUCCUCCAACUUUUGCCAUCCAAGUGGGUACCUGAUAUUGGCCUGCCGCUUGCCAGUGGCAUUGGUCGUGGCUUCAUGACUCGGUGGUGGCAGGGCUUUCGCAGCGGGUUGCGGCGAAAGUACGUGAGGCCGAGGUUCGAGACCUGGGAUUUGGAAGAUGUGCCGCAAGUGAUUCUGGAUUUCGCGAGGCAGCAAGGUGCAGAGCAGGCAGCACUUGUGGCAUCUUCAGUUGGAGACACAAUGGCACGGGACUUGGGUUACUGGUCAGGGACGUUUACCGGCAUUCUCUCUGGCCUGGCCAUGUGCGUCUUGGGCCAGUCCAAGUCCUUGGGUGAUGACAGCGACUUGGUUGUGGCCGAUGGGUAUUUGGAAAGCGACCGCGAGCUCAUUGCACUCGAGCAGUAUAUGCGAGAUUCGGGAAAGAGAGAGAAAAUGACAUGA